UUUGCUGUCUGCACGGUCACACUCUUCGUAUUCGUGGUUUCUACCGUUUACCAAAUAAUACGGCUUACGAGAAUAAAGCAAAAGAAAAUUAAGAUCGUAGAUUCGCUUUGUUCUCUCCGGAAAAUAGUGUAAUUAAAGGCAGAGCACAAAACGGUCAGGAAGUGUAAGAUACAGGAAGAACCUAAGAGGUACGGCAUAAAAUCAACUGAUCGUUUACGACAACCAAAACGGCGCCAUUAAAUCCGUCUUACACUUUCUACCAUGGCCACCGAGCGAACAAUUGAGGGAGCAGGCGUUCCCGUCGGAGAAGAAGCCUUUCUGGGCCUGCUGGAUGUGGUCUUACUAGCAGUACUUAUUGCUGGAGCCGCGUUUUACUUCCUGCGCAGUCGAAAGAAGGAGGAAGAGCCGGCUAGGAGUUAUUCUAUUCAACCUACAACAGUGUGCACUACCAGUGCAACGGACAAUUCAUUUAUUAAAAAGCUUAAGGCCUCCGGACGGAGUCUUGUUGUUUUUUAUGGUUCUCAGACUGGGACCGGAGAGGAGUUCGCCGGCCGCCUAGCCAAGGAAGGAAUUCGAUACCGUCUAAAGGGAAUGGUUGCCGAUCCCGAAGAAUGCGAUAUGGAAGAGCUGUUGCAGCUGAAGGAUAUUACUAACUCAUUAGCAGUUUUUUGCCUGGCUACCUACGGUGAGGGAGAUCCCACCGACAACGCCAUGGAGUUCUACGAAUGGAUAACAAACGGCGAUGUCGACCUGACUGGUCUAAAUUAUGCGGUUUUUGGCUUGGGAAACAAGACCUAUGAACACUAUAACAAAGUUGCCAUCUACGUGGACAAAAGGCUUGAGGAGCUGGGCGCCAACCGAGUCUUUGAACUGGGACUGGGCGAUGAUGAUGCCAACAUCGAAGAUGACUUCAUUACAUGGAAAGACCGUUUCUGGCCCGCUGUGUGCGAUCACUUCGGAAUCGAGGGCGGCGGAGAAGAAGUUCUCAUUCGUCAGUAUCGCCUGCUGGAGCAGCCGGAUGUGCAACCUGAUCGCAUCUACACGGGAGAGAUCGCACGGUUGCACUCUUUGCAGAAUCAGCGUCCACCCUUUGACGCAAAGAACCCAUUUUUGGCACCCAUCAAAGUCAACCGCGAGUUGCACAAGGGUGGUGACCGCUCUUGUAUGCAUAUAGAGUUAGGCAUCGAUGGUUCAAAAAUGCGAUAUGACACGGGUGAUCACGUGGCCAUGUACCCUGUUAACGACAAAAGCCUGGUGGAGAAGCUCGGUCAGCUAUGUAACGCUGAUUUGGACACUGUGUUCUCGUUGAUCAACACCGAUACUGACAGCAGCAAAAAGCAUCCAUUCCCUUGCCCUACCACGUACCGCACCGCACUAACCCACUAUUUGGAAAUCACAGCCAUACCUCGCACACAUAUCCUCAAAGAGCUAGCUGAGUAUUGUUCUGAUGACAAUGAAAAGGAGUUGCUGCGCAAUAUGGCCUCCAUCAGCCCAGAAGGAAAGGAGCAGUACCAGAGCUGGAUUCAAGAUGCAUGUCGCAACGUUGUUCACAUUUUAGAAGACAUUAGGUCUUGUCGCCCUCCCAUCGACCACGUUUGCGAGCUGCUACCCCGCUUACAGCCCCGGUACUAUUCUAUAUCUUCGUCUGCUAAGCUCCACCCUACUAACGUGCACGUGACAGCCGUGCUCGUGGAGUACAAUACUUCAACAGGUCGCACAAACAAGGGCGUGGCCACCACAUUUCUGAAGAACAGGAAACCUGUUAGCGACGAAAUAAAGGUGCCGGUAUUUAUCCGCAAGUCGCAGUUUCGAUUACCCACAAAGCCUGAGACACCUAUCAUAAUGGUGGGCCCGGGUACGGGCUUGGCACCAUUCCGCGGCUUCAUUCAGGAGCGACAGUUUCUGCGCGAUGAAGGCAAGACUGUUGGUGAGUCAAUUCUCUACUUUGGAUGUCGGAAGCGCAGCGAAGACUUUAUCUACGAAACCGAAUUGGAGGAGUGGGUUAAGAAGGGCACGCUUACCCUUAAGGCCGCCUUUUCCCGUGACCAGGCGAAAAAGGUUUAUGUACAGCAUCUGCUUGAACAGGACGCAGAUCUAAUAUGGAAAGUAAUUGGCGAAAACAAGGGGCAUUUUUACAUAUGCGGCGAUGCGAAGAACAUGGCCGUCGACGUUAGGAACAUUUUAGUGAAAGUUCUGUCCACCAGAGGAAACAUGACGGAGGCUGACGCCGUGCAGUAUAUAAAGAAGAUGGAGGCUCAGAAGCGCUACUCGGCUGAUGUCUGGAGCUAAUCUGGUCAAUAAGCAAUAAGCGUAACUUCUUUAGUUAAAUAAGCUAUAUAAACGUAAUAUUUGGUUUGGGAACAUCUGCUACAGUUCAACAAACAAAUUAGUAAUGAUUAAGAAUAUACGUAAUUUAAUUGACGCUUAUUUUGACCGUGGACUGUUCAAUUGGGCAAAAUUUGACGAAAUCUAAAUAAUAUAAUGAGCUAGUAACAGGUUGUUAUUUAAGUAGCAAGUGCAGAUUAGUUCAAGUUAUUCCUCAUGUGCAAUUUAAAAUGAUUACAAUUCUAUUUCUGUCAAUAAUAAAAUAAAAUACGGUUGAUUUUUUAUAGCUAAAAAA